UUUGAACCUAAAUCGGUACAAGAUGGUAGGCAAGCUAAGUAUUGUUAUUUUGCUCUUUCUAAGUUUUGUUUUUAUCGUUCAGGGUAAUCGUAAUCCAGAGGAUUUGAGUAAAUAUUAUAAUUGCUGGAUAAAUAACCAGUGCCUUUCAGAUGAGGAAGAGGCUCAAAAACUGAGAAACUGCUUCAUGAAUUUAAAACCAGAGGAAUUAAAAACCAGCUAUAUGCACGUGAAAGAAAAUUAUUCUCAUUACAAAAGUGAUAACGUUUUCGAUGCAAUAAAUGAAUUCUGCCAUCUUGAUGAUACCAAAAGGCAAAAAGCCUAUCAAAAAUCAGCACAGGGUAUGAUUGACAUUCUGAAGAUGGUCUGUAGUGAUUCAGACAAGGCAAGCGAAUGUUCGAGAGUUAAAGACGUAUUUCACUGCCUUUUCGUUAAUAUGAAUCAACAGAUUCAAGAGGGAAAAUGCACAAAAGACGUCAAUGCCAAAGGAAUGCCAUGAAAUGCGUUUUAUAAAAGCAACAUGUUCUUAUGUAAGAAUUAACUUUGAAUGAAUUGUGGUUUCAGACGAAAAAUUGGGAUAUAUAUAAACAUUGAAGAAUUAAAAUAAAAUAUAAAGCAAUUUAAAUUUGUUCAUU